AUGACGUCUCGAGGAGCGCGCAGACUCAUCGGGCUGGCGUCGCUGACGCCACCCAACGCCUGGCUCGCCGCUCAACAGGGAGCUCAACGGGCGCGGUCGACGAUUGUUGGAUUGGUGAAUCUCCGGGGGUUGGGUGCGGCCCGGGACUUCCACACCCCGGUGCUCGCGGCGGGCAACCUGAGCCUGGAAGUCCCCGCGUUCUGCGUGUGGGGCGCUAAUACCGCGGUGGGCAAGACGCUGGUGUCCGCGGGGCUCGCGCGCAGCGCCCGCAGGCACGGCCUCCCGACCUUCUACCUCAAGCCCGUUCAGACCGGAUUCCCCGACGACUCGGACGCCUCCUUCGUCGCGGAGAAGGCCACGGGCGCGCGAGGUCAGGGACCCGGCAUGAGCACGAUGGGCCACCACGCCGCCACCGCCGCGGGCCGGGCGCAGGGCGGCACGAAUCUCCCCUUGACCGACGGGGGCGGACCCGCGGGCAACUUCUGGGCGCACACCGAGUACGCGUGGCGUCGAGCCGUCGGACCCCACGUCGCCGUCGCCGAGGAGGGACGCUUCGUAUCCGAUCGAGCGUUACUCGCGUCCGUCACCAACCAGCUCGCGCAGUUCGCGGACACCGUCGUGGGCCCCAACGAGCGCUCGGGGGGCGCCGGGAUCGCCUUCGUCGAAACCGCCGGGGGCGUGUGCUCGCCCGGUCCCAGCGGCACCCCGCAGUGCGACCUCCUUCGCCCGAUGCGAAUGCCGGCGAUCCUCGUCGGAGACGGAAAUUUGGGAGGUAUAUCCACCACGCUGGCGUCGCUCGACGUGCUGUCGAUGCGGGGGUACGACGUCGUCGCCGUCGUCGUCGCGGACGGCGGCGCGGGCUUGGGUAACUCCGACGCCAUCGACAGAUACGCGUCAACGUACCACGGGUGUCCCACGUUUCGGCUCCCGCGGGUCCCCGAGCGAAGGGUCGUCGGCGGCGGCGCGACCGCGGGCAGCGGCGAGGAGAUAUUCGAGUGGAUGGACGAGGGCGCCAAGACGUUCGACGCGCUGCUCGGGAGGCUGGUGCGAUGGCACGACGCGAGGAUCGCCAAGUUGCGAGGCGCGGCGGACGAGGCUCGCGAGAUUCUGUGGUGGCCGUUUACGCAGCACGACAUGGUUCCCAGGGAGAACGUGGCGGUCAUCGACAGCAGGAGCGGGGAGGACUUUGGGGUGUACGUCGAGGACGCGGAGGGCGCGGGGCCCGGGUCGGUGCAGCUCAGGUUCGACGGCGCCGCGAGCUGGUGGACGCAGGGCGUGAGUAAGGAGCUCCAGCACCGGCUGGUGAGAGCCGCCGCCGCCGCCGCGGGUCGAUGGGGGCACGUCAUGUUCCCCGAGAACGCCCACGAAGCGGCGUUGGACGCCGCUAGAGGUUUACUAAUCGGAGCCGGCAGGUCGUGGGCCACCAGGGUGUUCUACUCCGAUAACGGGUCAACCGCCAUGGAGGUUGCGGUGAAGAUGGCCAUUCGCGCGUUUUACGUUCGAAAGGGCCACGUGGAGGCUGGCUCCCCUUCCGCGAUCGAGACCGCGGACGCCCUUCCGCAGGUGCAGGUGCUCGCGCUGGACGGCAGCUACCACGGCGAUACCCUGGGCACGAUGGACAUGCAGGCGCCCAGCGUUUUCACCGGUCCGCUGCAGACGCCGUGGUACAAGCCUCGGGGUUUGUUCAUGAACCCGCCGACGCUUCAGCUGCGAAAGGGGCGAUGGGUGGUGACGCAGCCGCGGGGUGGGAUCAGGCCCGAGUUUGAGGGCGAGUCGUGGGGUUCGGACGAGGCGACGCGGGGCUGGGAAACCCGCGCGGAGGCUUUCGACUGGGCGACGAGAGACGGGAGCGAUCUCGCGAAGCGAUACCGAUUCGCCGUCGAGAAAAUCCUCGACGAAAACGCCGCCGACCCGACGGCGGCGCCGGUGGCGGCGCUCGUGAUGGAGUGCGUGCUGCACGGCGCGGGUGGGAUGGACCUCAUCGACCCGCUAUUCCAGCGCACGCUCAUCUUGGUGUGCAAGGAGCGGGGUUUGCCCGUGGUCCUCGACGAGGUCUUUGCCGGUAUCUGGCGAUUGGGAGCGGAGGGCGCGUGGGAGCUCCUCGGCGACGGCUGCGCCCCGGAUAUCUCCUGCUACGCCAAGCUACUCACCGGAGGGCUGGUCCCGCUGGCGAUCACCGCGAGCACCGAGGAUGUCUUUGACGCCUUCAGGGGACCGACCAAGACCCACGCGCUGCUGCACGGACACUCUUACACCGCCUAUCCCGUGGGUUGCGCCGUCGCCGCCGAGGCGAUGCGAAUAUAUCGCGACCCGGAGGCCAACCCGAACUUGAUCGUCGAGGGCGCCGAGCCGGUCGGUGGGUCGGGAUUCGAAAGCGGCGACCGCGGGGGCGGGCUUCGCAUCGACCGCGAGCGGCCGAGCGGACCCGUCGCGUCGAGUUCCGACCGCAAGCUCAGGCUGAGGGAGCUCUGGGACGAAACGGCGGUGCGAGAGAUUUCUCUCCUCCCAAACGUCGCCGGCGUGACCGCCAUCGGUUGCGUGCUCGCCGUCGAGGUCGACGACGGCGGCGGAGGAGGAUACAGCAGCGGCGCCGCGAAGGAGAUUGUGCUCAAGCUGAGGGCGCACUCCAUACAGGCCAGGCCGCUGGGUAACGUUCUGUACGUCAUGUGCGCGCCCACGACUGCACCCGAGAGGUGCGCCCAGAUUCUGCAGUCGGUGACGCGAGAGCUUCGCGCGAGCGCGAUGGACGACGACGACGACGCCUGGUGA